AUGCCUUCCAACGUGCUCUCAGACAAGGACGUCAACACCUUCGUGGUGCCGCAGGCUGACGCCGCCAACAUUAAGAGCAUGGAGUACCAUCGUCAAGUGUUGCAGUCCAAGAUGGAGGAAGAGAAGAACAAGAAGUCCUACGUCUCGCCCUCAGACACCAUCAUGAGCCCCUGUACAGCCAAGCUGAAUGCGUUCCGCAACAAGCAGGUCGGCAAGGCGAAGCCCAAGUCCCUCUUCGCGCAAGCGUCGGCCAAAAAGUUCGACGGCGAGAACGUCCUAGGCGCUAAGAGCACCACGAGGCCGUCCGGCUUCUGA